UGUCGUUCUGAAGCACGCGACGCCAAGAACUCCGAGCUCUGCUUCCCAGCACUGCACUCUGUUCUCGAUUCCUUCAACGUGAUUAUUCGUAUGAUAAUAUAUAGCUUCCAGAAACCGAAAAUUUAACACAAAUCUAAAAUAUACUCAUUGGUUGCUUCUAUAGUUUUCUUGUAACCUUUCUGGUUUUAGAUAUAGAGUUGCAUACAUAUGUAGUACCCGAAAUGAAAAUAAAUGUGCUUUGCCUUUCCCUUUUGAUUGGCAUUUUCUCUUUGAUUUCUCUUACCAAAUCAUCUUCUUCUCCUUCUGCUUCCCUCCGCGGCAUCCCUCCUCAAGAUGAGGAUUACUUCAAAACGGAUAAAAUAAACCGCAAAUAUGGAUCCAAGAAGUUUACUAGAGCUCAAUUGAAUGAUGAUUUCUGUGAUUGUCCUGAUGGGACUGACGAGCCAGGAACAUCUGCAUGUCCACAAGGAAAGUUCUACUGUCUAAAUGUUGGACAUACUCCUACUUAUUUACCUUCCUCUAGGGUGAACGAUGGCAUAUGUGAUUGCUGUGAUGGGAGUGAUGAAUAUGAUGGUAAAGUGAAUUGUUCAAAUACAUGCUGGAAGGCUGGCAAAGUGACCAGGGACAAGUUGCAGAAAAAGAUUGACAUGUAUAAACAAGGUAUCACCUUACGGAAAAAGGAAAUUGAACAAGCGAAACAAGCACUAACCAAAGAUACAACUGAACUGUCGAAGCUGAAACAUGAGAAGAAAACUCUUGAAGUGAUUUUUAAACAGCUCAAAGUUCAAAAGUUGCAAAUUGAGAAACUGAAGGAAACAGAAUGCUUGGAGAAAGAAAAAGAAGACAAGAUGAAACUACUUUCUGAGGAUAAAGAUGACCAGAAGAUUGAGAAAGAUGAACAUGAAAAUGUUGAGGGAUUGCCGAAGGAUGGAUCUGAAAGUACUGAGGGGUUGUCAAAAGAAGAGCUGGGUCGCCUUGUUGCUUCACGUUGGACUGGUGAAAAAACUGGACACCUGGCAGAUGAAGUUGGUACUGCUAAAACUAACCAGGGAGGCAGCAGUGAGACUCUAGAGAGUACUAACGAUGGAAUAUAUGAUAACCAUAAUGACAAGAAAUCAUAUGGUUCCAAUUCCUUGCAUAAGUCUCACUUAGAAGAGCAAAAAGAUUUAUCUGAGAUGACCACUUUGAGCACCUCAUCAUGGUUCAGAAAGAUAAAGGAUACCGUACGAAAUAUAUUUCAAUUGGUUAAGUUUUCUCCACCUUCUGUAGAUAAACUAGACGCAGAUCAUGUUCAGAAGGAGUAUGAUGAUGCCACUACAAGGUUGUCUGACGUAGAGGCAAGGAUAUCAAGUUUGACAGAAAAGUUAAAACAUGACUUUGGUACACAGAAGGAAUUCUAUUUGUUCUAUGAUCAAUGCUUUGAGAUCAAACAGGACAAGUAUGUGUAUAAAGUUUGCCCAUUUAAAGAAGCAUCUCAGGAGGAGGGCUACCGUACAACCCAACUAGGGGAGUGGCAGAAAUUUGAAAACUCAUAUCACACUAUGCUGUUUUCAAAUGGUGAGAGAUGCUGGAAUGGACCUGAUAGGAGUUUGAAGGUCAAACUUAGGUGUGGACUGAAAACAGAGCUGACUGAAGUGGAUGAGCCAAGCCGCUGCGAGUAUAAAGCUGUGAUGACAACAUCUGUCGUUUGUCUGAAAGAAAGACUUGAGGAAUUCAAACAUAAAUUAGAAGCUAUGCAUGAAGAACAACCAGAUGGCCAUGAUGAGUUGUAGGCUAUCGAUAUCAAUAUGCAAAUGCUCCAGGGCCUUUGACUGUCUCUGACAUAUUUUUUCAAUUCAGCUUAUUCUUACAUGCGGCCAAGGAACUCAUCUGAUAUUUUUCUUCACCGAGUUGUAAUACAUGUAUUGUUAAGAACUCUCACAAGAAAAUUAAUGGGGGUUCGAUCAUUUUUCGACACCAAAUACCUUUAGUCAUUAUAUAAUGGUUUUGAAUUCCAGGAGGCAUGGAAUAUGUGCUUGAUUUCAUAUUGCUUGUGCAUAAAUCGUUGCCUAGAGUUGGAGAUUCAUGGUAUGAGCUCCACAUGCCACUAAGUGGACCUCAAUUAUUGAAACUUUUAUUCUGCUUCACUUAAACGCAUUUAAGCUUUGCCGAUCC